CAGCCUGUAAUUUUUAAUUUGCAAAUAUUUUCAUUCAUUUUUCUUCAAGAAAUUCAUUUAUUUGAAGAAAAAAAACUAAAAAAAAAUCACAUUUGAUUCAACACACAACAAACAAGAGCAUGUUUCAAUCCCGCCUGUUUCGGAACGCAAGUGACAGUUGACAGUUAGACACAAAAACAAAAUACAUGACAUUUCAGAUCUCAGUUGCAUUGCGUUCAAUACAGACGUCUUUCGUUGAAAUAGAAAUAAUCGUUGCAAAAAAAAACAAAUAUUGAAAAUCAGAAAAGUAUUUUUGAAGUGGAAAAAGUCGAAAAGAGAGUGCAAAAAACACAGAAAAAUGUCUGAAGAAACGGAUAUUUUCGACGUUGAACGUGAAAAUGUUGCGGACAAUAGUCAAACGUUGGUGAAAUGUGCCAUUUGUCAAGAUGUUGUUGAAAAGACCAAGGCUAGUUUUGUUGACUUGUGUUUCCAUCAGUAUUGUUUUGAUUGCUUGAAGAAAUGGUGCGAGGUUAAGGCCGAAUGUCCAUUGUGCAAACAAAAGAUCGAGAAAAUCAUUCAUGACGUCAAAUCACCACAAACGUACAAAGAAUUUGUUCCACCGAUGACCAAUCAAUCGCUACUGCGCGCCCAACUCGAACACAGCUUUGAUUUCAAUCAAACAUUCAGCUCGGACGAUGACGAUGACGGAACGGUAUUCCGAAUGGCUUUUCGUGCACCCGAUCUAUUGCGAAUGUUGCAACCAAAUGUUCUGAUGCCCCGACGAUUGAACAUUGACACAAUAAAUGCCACAGACACAUCCAGCACAUCGAAUGAGGGAUUGAGUGUUGAGGAAAGCGACGAAUCAGAUGCCGAAGCAGUGAGCGAACCAAGCAACGCAUCAAUCGCUGAAUCAGAUGACAUUUUAAAUCGAUUCAAUGACGAUUUGGAUGACGAAUUGGAGGACUUAAAUGACGUGUCAAUCAUUGAAUCGCAACAAUCGAUCAUUUCCAUUAGUUCAGACAGCGAUUCCGCACACAGUGAUCGUGAAGAGCUACCGGAAAUCACAAUCAUUACACCGAGAUCAUCGCCUGAAUUAUGGUAAUGACCACGCUAUGAGCUUAAAAAUAGCCAUUGCCAAUUGCUACGAACUCAACCGUCGCAAAUUACGAAGUACUCAACAAUAACAUGACAUCCAACGAAACGGACUCAUCAUCAUUUACAACUUUAUAUAAGGCAAUAUCUAUUUCAUACACAAAUUUAUCAUUUAUUGAAGAAAUUAAAAUUGAAAAAAAAAAACGAGUUAACUAUUAUGUAAGACAAAAUCGAGGAAAUAUGAAAAAUUGAAAAUGAAUUUUAAGCUAAGGUAAAUAUUCUACUCAGUCAAUUAAUGCUGUGAGUUGAGCUCUCGUGUUGCAAAAAAAAACUUGAACAAACACAUGUAAACCAAAUAAAAUGUAAACGAAUAACAAUGACAAUUAAAGGCAAUUUGCCCCAUUCCAUAAUGAUGUAAAUUAAGUGCCAAUGUAGGUUAAGUGAUCAAUCAAUCAAAUGAAACAGAAAUAAAAUCACUUUUUGAGGUUAUUUACAAA